AUGCAUUUCUGUAACAAGAGAAGCCACUUUAAUUUCCUGAAAUUUCAUAAGAAUAAUAUAAAAAGAGUAAAGAAUAAUAAAAAGAAAGAAGAUGACUAUUUAUUUUUGAAUAAGAUUAAACAUAAAGAAAAAAAGAAAAUAUGUUUUAAAAAUAUUUUCGUACCAGUAUGUGUAAUAAAUCUAAGUAUCUUUUCUUUUACAUUAUAUAAUUAUUUAAAAAAAAAUGAUGAAAAUUAUUUUGAUAGAAAUGAUAUAACUAUUAUUGAUCAUUUUGUAAUGAAUGAUUUGGUAAGUACCUUUGGUGUUAAUAAUAUAUCUAUAUAUUUAAAAAAUAAAUUAUAUGAUAAAUUACUUGUAAAUAUUCAAGAUGAAGUAUAUAUUUCAAAGGAAAAUUCUUUACUAGUUUUAAUGGAAGCAAUUUAUAAAAAUAAAAAAUAUUUUCUUCAACAAAAAAAAAAAAUUCAAAAUAAUAUCAAAAAUAAAAAUAAUCAUAUACAUGAUGAACACAAUCAAGAAAAAGAUUCUUAUAUGAAUCAACCCUGUCAUGAUAUAAAUAAUAAUAGAAAUAAUAACAACAUAUCUAUGGAUAUACAUAUGUAUAAUAAAAAUAAUAGUAAUGUGAAUAAUGUUCAUGAUGAACCUUUUAUAUAUUUCCUUUUUGAAAGUAUAAAAAAAAAUAAUAUAAAUUAUUCUAAAAAAAAAAUCCUGUCAUCCAUCCUAUUUUAUUACAUCAAAUAUUCAGAAGAUAAUUUAUAUUUAUCAUAUGAUCAAAUAUGGCACCUUGUGUACAACCCAAAUUUAUUUUCUAAUUUGCACAAUAGAGGCGAAAUUAUAUCUUAUCUUUUAUUAAAAAUUUUAAGAAAUCAAAAAUGUACCGACGAAAUAUAUACAAACGAAAAGAAUAUCAUACAUAAAUAUAUUGAAAUGGAAAAGCAAAAAGAAAAUCGCUUAGGGAAAAGGAAAAAUUAUUCUACAGAUAUACAGAACCAAGAGCAGCAUAUGAACAAAUUUGAAAAUACUAUUAUUUUCUUUCUCCUUAGUCACCGUGUAGAGGACAGGAAGGGAAAAGGUGCUACCCACGUGAUGGAUAAGAUAAAAGGUGAGAAGAAAUAUGUGAAAGAACAAAAUGGAAAGACCAAUAAAUUGACACAUGAAAAUAAUAACAACAAUAAUAAUAAUAUUGAUAAUGAUAAUGAUAAUGAUAAUCAUAAUGGUAUUAAAUUUGUUGAGUUACCUAUUUAUAAAUUUUAUAAGUCCUUCAAAAAAAACGAAGAAAAUUACUAUAAACAACAAGGGUUAGCACAAAUACAAAAAUAUCUUAACAAAAUAAAUUCAACUUAUCUUUUAGAAAAAAAUAAUAAUAAUAAUAAUAAUAAUAAUAAUAAUUUAAUCGUAAAAGAAAAAUAUAAUAAUAUAAUGAAUAAAAUCUACUGGAAAUUUCUGGAGAAUACUAUAUUAUAUACUUUCAUUUUUUCAUUUGUUUUACAUAAUAUGAAAUCAAAAGAAUAUAAUAUAAAAACAUAUCUUUAUAUGUUUAAAGAUAUAUAUAAAAGUAUAUAUACUAAUGUACUUAUAAAUUCAUCUAUAUUGAUACAAAAAUCGAUUCUUAACAAUAUAAAUGAAAAAAAAAAAACAAAUAAAUUUAUUUUAACCACCCUAAUGUUUAACCUUUUAAAUACAUUCACAUUAUCCUUAUCAAUAUAUAAGUGCAAAUAUGCUUUGGUUCCUCUUUUAUUUUCUCAGGUUGUGAAGGAUAAUUAUUUUCUUUGA